GUACUAGAGUAUUGUUUCUCAAUUAAGCUUCCUUGGGUAAUUUUUCCGUAAUUUUCCUUUUUCUUCAGCAAAGGUUCUUAAGUGCUCUUAUUUCUUCCUCGUUCCACUCUCCUCCAUUUUUCAACCUCUGGACUCUUCGCUAACAAUUCUCAGGUAUUUUUUUUUGCUUGCAAUCGCAAAGAAAUCACAUUUUCUUCAAUUUCAAUGUAAUUUUGUCAUUGUAUAGUGAAUUUGUGAUUCGUUCGGGAGAUUUUUCGGAUUACGUAAAUAGGGAAGCAGAUUUUGCUUAAUUAUGGUGGAGACGAGGCCUUUCAAGACAAAAUUAUGUGUACUUUAUGAGAAGGGUCGUUGUGGACGUGAUACAUGUACAUUUGCUCAUGGUGAUUCUGACCUUCGACGCUUUUCAGAUAGGCCAAUCAACAGAGAUAAUGACUUAAGGAGUAAGCUUGACAGGAAGCGUUCUCCACUUCAUAAGUCUUCCCCUAGAAGAGAUGCAAACGGAUCACGAGCGUAUAAAAGGUUUAGUCCAUCACAACCGAGUAAAAGAAGAAAAUUAAGGACACAUGAGCAUGAGGAUGGUCGAAAUAAAUAUUCUGGGGGUUUCAAAUGUCAAAAUGGGUCAGCAGAAAGCGAGAAGGACAAACUUCAUAUUUUAUCUAAUUCCAGAAACGUGGUUGAGGAUGAGCUUACACAACUUGAGUAUGAAGUUGAUGUGCUAUUUAACCAAAAAAGUCAGAUGGAGAUUGCAUUCCAGGAGAGGGUACAAGAAGCAGAUAAUUUGUCUUCUAGGAUUAGGGAUCUCGAGGCUCAAUUGUGUGAUGAAAAGGAAAAAUCUAAAAGAGUUAAUUCAAAAAUUAAGAAGCUCAUUAGGGCACAUGUUCAUCACUCUCGGAUGCAAGAUGAACUGAAGAGGUCUCAGAUUCAACUUGAGCAGCUAGUUGGGGAGCUUGGUACAGAUGCUAUACCGAUUGUUAGUGUUAGUGAAAAUCUGGAUGUUAACGUUAUUAGUAAUGAAGAAUUUCUAGAAUUAAAAGACUCUGCUUCUCCUGCAAAGAAGCAGGUACACGAUAGCAUGGAAGCCUCACAAGGGGGAAAUUCAGCAACUACGGCAAGAGGACAUGGAGCCAGAGUUUUGGGUUCUCGGAGAAAUCCACUUGUGUCCUUUGGUGGUCAUCAAGAAGCUGAGGCAGGACUAUCUGAAGAGAACCCCCAGCUGCAAAAUAUUGCUUCUAAGCACUUUGAUCCUUAUGAUAAGCAGGUGAAAGAGUCAAAUUUUAUGGUUCCACCAACCAGCAUGGCUGCUCAUGCAGUUGAUUUUAUUGAGCUAAUGGAAGCAGAAGAAAAUCCUGAGAUGCUAGGAACUCCGAAAUGUGUUGAGAAUAGCUUGCCAUUUCUACUUCCUCCCCUUCCUACUGUAUCACAAAAUAAUUAUAUUCAGUAUGAGGGUGAUGACGAGAAUGUUGAUGUGGACGGACUUGAAGAACUUGAGGAAGUGUACAUAGUGUAAAUGCUAGGUGAUGAGAUUUAUGUAGUUAGUAGGGUUUUUUUUUUUUUUUUUUUUUUUUUUUGGUAACCGCUAGUUUUGAUAUUGCGGAACCGUGAUCGUUUUUUGAAUAGGGCAUUAUCAAAAUGAUUUAGUGUUAGUUGUAAUGUAGCCAUUGCACUCAGUUUGCUUCAUGAAGUAUGUUAAGCUCGCAAUUUGAGUCUGCUUCAUGGUAUGAUAAGUUCAUUUUUGACUACUAUUACGAAAACACUAUGCCUUGUAGUAUAAAGAUUGACAUUCCCUAAGAUGCCCUGCUAGUCCUAAGUAGUGUUGUUUUUUCAUAAGAUUAAAUAAAUAUGAUGUUGCUUGUAGGAGUGAACAACA